UGUAGAGCAAUCAUAACGUGCGGGGCAGGCGGAGCACACCGGAGGGACUAGCUAGUUGUUUUGCAGCUGUCAGGUUGCCUGUUUACUCUUGCCUUUAUUUAUAUUCAUAUGUUGGCCCGUGUUUGACAGCGGCUCGUAGUCCCGCUCCACAGGCGCCAGUACUGACCGGCAGUCCGGGCUCGAAGCGAGCGAUGUCGGAGGAGCGCAGGGUGGCAGCCACAACAACAACAGGGCGCGCUGCUGUCCCCCUAGCAUCGCAACGUCCUCCGGUCCAUGUCGUUUAACCCUGCCGGGCGACUACACCCGUCCUCGCCUCCCUACCGGUCCAGUCCCGUCCCACAGUGACCUCCAGUGAUGGCUGAUGAGGACCCCCAGCAGCAGCAGCCGCCGCCGGAGAGCGGGGCGGGGAGCCUGCCCGGCCUACUCCCCGGGCUGCAGGGCGCUGAGGCCAGCGCUCUGCAGCUCAGGAUCAAGAACUCCAUCUGCAAAUCUGUUCAAUCAAAAGUGGAAAACAUUCUGCAAGAUGUCGAGAAGUUCUCAGACAUCGAAAAACUCUACCUCUACCUCAAGUUGCCUUCUGGUCCGAGCAGCAGUGUCGAUAAAAGUGACCAGAGCGCCCUGUCAUCGAGCCGCACGCAGCAGAUGCACGCAUUCACCUGGAUCCGAAAUCAUUUAGAGGAGUACCCCGAGACCUCGCUCCCCAAGCAGGAAGUCUACGACGAAUACAAGAGCUUCUGUGACAAUCUUAACUACCACCCGCUAAGUGCUGCAGACUUUGGGAAGAUGAUGAAAAAUGUAUUCCCGAACAUGAAGGCGCGUCGGCUCGGCAUGAGGGGAAAAUCAAAAUACUGCUAUAGUGGCCUAAGGAAGAGACCGUUUGUUCACAUGCCGUCUUUACCAACUCUGGACCUCCAUAAAACAGGAGAUGGACCCCAGUGUGAUGUACUCGACUCCCCGGGCCAGCUGAGCAGUAUUAAGGAAGAGGUGCGGUUUGCAGCCUGUGAUCUUGUGUGUGAGUGGGCUCAAAAGGUGCUCAAACGCCAGUUUGAUGCUGUGGAGGACCUGGCUCGCUUCCUAAUCGACAGCCAUUACAUCAGCAACAAGUCUUUGGCAGCUCUCACCAUAAUGACCGGCACAGCAGCAGAGAUGAAAGGUUCACAGACUGUCUCAGCCUUCGCCCCGGCUGCAGACGCUCACUCCUUCCAGCCUCAUGUGACCAUGCUGUCCUCUCCGUCUGUCGACGCAAAGCAGCAGCUCCAGAGGAAGAUCCAGAGGAAGCAACAGGAACAAAAGCUGACAUCUCCUCUACCCGGAGAGGGACAGAUUAGGAAGGCAGACGACGGUGUGUCUUGUGGUAGUCCCACCUCUCCGUCGCCUCAACCAACUAUAGGCAUCGUGGUCGCUGCCGUGCCAAGCCCGAUUACGGUUCAGAGGAGUAGGCCGCUGAUGUCCCCGAGUCCAGUGGGAACAGUGGAGAGCAAAGUACUGCCCAUUAACAUCCAGAUGGUGACCCAGCCAGUUCAGGGAGUGAAGCAGAGCCCCAAACACCCCCAAAAUAUUCUGUCCAAUCCAGCCGGGGAGCGCACAGCUCGGCAGCGCUACGCUCAAAUCCUCCCUAAACCUUCAGCCACCACUGCCAUCGCUUUGCGCUCGCCCUCCACCAUGAUCAUCGCUAACAGCCCCAUUAAGACUGUUGUAACGCCAUGUCAUGUCAGCCCAGUCAGUCUGGUCAAAAUGGCAGCCAUAUCGCUCGCACCCAACAGCAGUGAAACUGCCACAUCCCUCACAAAUGUGCUGCGGCCGGCAUCUGCAGACAUCAACUUUAAAGCUACAGAAGACGCCAGCUCCAGUCAGAGCACGAGGAGUUCCUCAACGGUCCCCAUUUUGGCCCCGGUGGCCAGGCAAGGGCAGACUUCUAACACUCCAAGCAUCGAUGUUGAAAUGGAAGUUGAAGCUAUACAUGAAAGCAGCCAAAUGCAAAAUUUGGGCAGUCAAGUUUUGCCACAAGGGGCAAUGACCAGUAGAGUCAAAGUUGCUGUACAGAGGGCCGCCAGUGUGCCCAUACCGCAAACUAGAGGCUUCUUGGGUCUCGAGGAAACGUCCAGCAAUAAAUGCAGCAGAGAGUCCUCCUCGAGCACUAAUACUGUGGCCACAGGCGACAGCGGCAAUAAUAGCGCUAAUAAUACAAGCACUUUGCACUUAAAUCCCUCCACUCAGAAUACCAGCACUGUGUCUUUACUGAACACCAGCAGAACAUCUUCAUGUGGGGAAAACAACCAAACAAAGCAAGGCUUCUUGUCCACUAAGAGCCUCAGAAAACGUUCAGGGCUCAGUCCAGACCUUUCACCAAUCAAAAGGGUUUUUAUACCCCAGCAGCCAGUAGAGGGUGCUGCUGGUCCAGGGUAUGGUAUCAGAAACAUGACGGGUAAUGUAUCCAGGCCAGGCGCUCCAGCUAGACCUGAAAGUGCACCAGCCACCAGGGAAGUAGAAGUGAAAAUGACCACUCAAGUCCACGCACUUGGCACUUCUCCUUCUUUCAGAGCAAGUGGCUUUUACUCUGUUGCCAAAACACAUAGUUCAUUGCAGAGGAAAAACAUUUCUGCCGUUAUGGAAACUGGCACCUCAGUCGGUCACGCAUUAAUACAGCAACAUCAGGGGCACGCACCAGUUGACGCACACGCUGUGCCCGAUAAUUCCAGUUUUCCAAAGCAUUCAGGUGUGGGUUCAAACUCAAGCCUGGAAGGAGUCCAGCAGCAGCCCUGCUCUCAGUCCAGUCCUGCUACUGAAACCUUAGCGUUUUUGAAUCACGCUUCAUCAUCUGGUCAGCUGCCCAUGCAGACAGACAUGACAGAUUACUUUUGCUUUGAUGAUGAUGUGACUCAGGACAGCAUAGUGGAGGAGUUGGUGCAGAUGGAGGAGCAGAUGAAACUUAAUAACCUUCAGCAGUUUGGAGAUUCUGUCACGCUGCAGGGCCAGCAGGCUGCGAUGCCAAACAACAUGACGUCCGCUAAUAAGAACAUGGCUUUCUAUCAUGCUGUGAACAACAACAGUAACCCAAUCCAAACAAUACAAACGCUGACACCUACACCCAUGUCGGAAAUGAUGGGAGGAGCCCAGGGACUGACCGGAGAAAGCCCCUGCUCCCACAUCGCCUCCACGACCCCGGUGGACAGCGCGCUCGGAAGCAGUCGCCACACCCCGGUUGGGACGCCACACUCCAACUGCAGCAGCAAUGUUCCUCCCAGUCCAGUGGAGUGCAGAAACCCGUUUGCGUUCACACCCAUUAGCUCCAGCAUCACUGGUUUCCAUGACGGCAGCACCAUCUCCAGCAGCCCCGUGAAACCGAUGCAGAGACCGAUGGCCACCCAUCCAGACAAGACCAGGCUGGAGUGGAUGAAUAACAGUUACAAUAGCAGCGGCGGGACCGCCAGCAGGUCCAACAGCGGAAUGGAAAUCCUGCCCGGCUAUCACAGCCUGAUAGACGACCAUUUUCAAAAACCUCACGCCUUCGCCGUUCCUCACGCGCGGCACCACGACAGCCAUUUCGGCCGCUUGACUCCCAUCUCGCCCGUGCAGCAGCAGGUAGCGAGCAUGGCCAAGCAGGAGGGUUUUGCAGUGCCUGCCCCUCUGGAUAAUAAAACUGCCAACACGUCUGCUGCAAAUUUUAGGUGUCGCAGCGUGAGUCCUGCUGUACAUCAGAGGAACUUCAGCGGCACAGGAGCAGGAACCAACCUUUCCAAUGCCUCCCGAUCGGUAGUGUCUCCCUUUAAUUCUCCUGUGACGGCUGAGGUGUUGAACAUCUUCGCAAACAGCCAGACAAACCUCGGCGUGAACAGCAUGGCCCAGAGGAGCCGCUCUGUGCCGCUCAACAUCAUGAUGCAAAACGAGGCCCCGCCCACACCGGGCCAGCAGUGCAGCACCAAAAGCAUCGCCAGCGUCCUCCUGAGCAAGCUAGAUGGAGAUCACGAGAAUAGUGUGCGGGGUGUGGGAAUCAAUAAUUUACCUCCCACCUACACUGCUCGUAUGAACCUGACCCACAUCCUCGAGUCCAACUCCAGCCUCUCCUGCACCGACAACCUGAUGACCUCCGACUCCAGCAGUACCUGCAACCUGCAGAGGCCCAAUUACCUCAUGGAAAAUUCUAUCAGUGAACAAAUGAUUCUCUCGGCAGGUCAAGGCCAAAUACAAGCAGCCGGUGGAGAGCAGCAUCAGCAGCAGUCCAUCAUGUUAGCUUUGAACUCACAGCAGCAGCAACACCAGCAGUUAGACUUCAGCAGCUCUCAAGACCUCCUCGCUGCUGGCAAUCAGCUCAUGGAGCAGGUGUCAGAGCUAACAGCAGGCGGGGCCGAUUUCCCCGGUGAAAUCAGAAUGACAUCGGAGCUUCCCAGUAGCAUCAGUGACCUUAACGCAUUGGACACAAACCUGCUGUUCGACCCCAGCCAGCAGCAAGGCCAGUAUCAGCAUGCCGCCCCAGAGGAGCUGGUGGACGAUUCGCUGUUUCAGCAAAUCACCAGCGAAGCGGCUCAUUCAGGUGGUCUCGACUGGUUGGAGAGCAAAGAUCACCCAACUGUUGGGCUGAUGGGCUGAGAGCAGAGCUUUUUAUAAUCAUGUUGAACAUGUUAAUCUGCGGUUGAUGUUUGUUUUAUUUAUUUUCAGGCAUUUAUAAUGCAACACUGGAUACAAUGAGGUCUGUCCAGAUUAAGUGCCAGGCUAAAAACUGAGCUAAUGCUGCAACACUCACUGAAAAUGCUGGUCAUUUCCCUUUAAUGAGAGAAUAUUGCCUCACUUUGUUUGAUCAAGAGAAUUGUCAACAAGAAAACACACACAGAAAAAAGCUAAUCUUCAAACAGCUUAUUUUAUUGAAUAGUCAGAUCAAUAACAGAGCCGUGGAUCAGUGUGAAUAAAUCUUAUGCAACGCUACUUAUUUCUGUCACCGUGUAUAAACUGCAGGCUAAAUUAGGUGCAAAAAAACUAAUGAUAUUUAAUCCUAAACUAACAAUAUGUGUUUGUUGUGUAGCUUUACUUAAGAAAAGCACUUAAAAGGUUUUGAAUUUAACAUUACGAUAUGUUACGUGUACACACAUACACUAAAUUAUUAUGCAUUCACAAAUACACAGAAUCAAAUUCAUCCAUGUAAAUCCAUAUAAUGUACUCAUAAUAUUAAUGUAUAAAUAUACCAAUAUAAAUAUAUGUAUCUCUUCCCAAACACAGCACUGGCCUUUACUGACUCAUUUUGGUGAAAUAUAUAAAAGGUAUGCGUUAAAACUUUGAACCGUAAAAUUCAGCAAUAUAAGUCUAUACUGUCUAAAGUUUCUAAAGUUUAUUUUAAAUAGACUUUGAGUCUCUGUUAAUCAGCUGAUGAGUGUGAAGAGCGACGUUAACCUCUCUUCAAACCCCUUCAUGUAGAUUAAAUAAUAAUAAAAAUAUUAUUAGUCCUCUUUUAAGUUGCAUUUAAAAUAGGUCUUGUAUACAGUCAUGUGAAUAACUAAGUACACCCUUGUUAUCAUAGGUGAGCGCCUUUAAAAAAAAAAAGCAGCAGUUUUGGUAGUUUGGUGGUCUGGUGUGUUCAGGUGUGAGCUAACACAAUGACACAAUCUUUCCAAGUGUUAACGUCCCAACAAGGCCCGACUUUAGAAAUUCCUCAGCUCUACAGGCUUGAGCUAGUAUGUUAAAGGUUAAAUUUCAUGAAAAUAGAAUUACAAGACAAAUAUGGCCUGCCACGAAGGAAUCCCAAGAGAAUAUCUCUUCCCUCUGAAACAAACAUGACAGCAGUGUUUGCUUUAGGUUUGCCAAGCAGCAUCUGAACAAACCACAGAUAACACCAAAGUGGAGACAAAACCAAACAGGUCAAGAGUCAAGCUUGGCCUAAAUUAGGUUAUGUACUGUAGGAGAUAACAUAACAAAAUGAAAUGUAUCAACAGAAUGGCUGAAAGUGAAAAAGAAUGAAGGUGCUGCAAUAUCAAAGUCCAGACCUCAGCCUGCUUGAAAUGCUGUGGGGGGACCUUAAGAGAGCUGUGCAUGAAUGCAAUGUUGUAAAGAAGAGUGGGCCAAAAUCUCUCCACGGUAAUGUGAGAGCUGAGAAAGUCAUACAGAAAACUAUUACUUCUACGUCAUUGCUGCUAAAAGUUGUUCUUCAAGCUACUGAAUCACAGCAGGGUGCGCUUAGUUUUUCUCAGGACUGUAAUUGUGAUUAUAAAGAUGUUCAAAUCCUAAUCAAUCUCUUUAAAGCGUAUGCAAAAUUUACGUGCAAUAAAAGAAAAGAGACAAAAACAUCAAAUAUUAAACCAGCUGUUCUCAAACCGGCAUGGCCCCGCCACCAAAAUAAUUGUCACCUUCAAAUUUUAUCAAUCUUUAUCAACAGCAACAACAAAAAAAAUGAGUCUGAAUUAAAAAAAAUUUAAAUCAGCAUCCACACCACCCUGCGGCAAAGAGUCUGUCCCACCAGGGGGCCAUGCCCCAUAGGUUGAGAAUCACUAUAUUAAACCAAGAAAGAUGAUCUGCUGAUCAGCUUUAAUUAUGCUAUCAGUCUUUGUAUGGUUACAUGUAGGUGUGUCACACAGACCAUUUUAUGGGAUCUGUGUUGCAGCCCUUUGAGCAGUGAAAGACGAGGGCUCGACUGCUUAACCCUUACAGGACAUUUAUGAUAAAAUCACUUACCUAAGAAUUAAACCAAACCCCUCUGACGGGGUCUUCUUUUGCACUUGAAAAAUGAACCGAGAGCUUUUUAUCACUAUUUAAAUGUAUUAUUUAUCGCGUGCAGAUUACUAAAAAGGAAGACAUGGAAAGUGAGAGGAGCCUAACGAGCAUGUAUAUUACACUUAUUCUAAUGCACUGACAAUCUAUAAUCCUUGUGCUUUAUAAAGGGGGGAAAACACUGUUUGAUUUGUAUGGAACAAUUUUACUCUGAAUCCUGAGGUUCAAAUGAAAAACAGCUGCCGAUCAAAUGUGGAAGUCGAGCUUUACACUGACGUCGAGCAUCGGGUAAAGAAGUCAUGCAGCCGCUGACUCUAAGCUGCGUCUGAGGGCUUUGGGUUUCUGAGCCUUAUGUCCUUAUGCCAAAGAUGUAAGCUGCACCGUGGCCACGGGUGUAACAUAGCCUCCAACGUGGUGGACACUCUGACAAUAAAGUGCUUGAUGACGCCUGUAACAAAUGUAUUCAGAAGAAAGGUGAAAAUCUGUAAAUGCUGAGGGUUCCUUUGUUUACUGUUGUUGAUGCUUUUGUAACCCGCACCCUUCCAACAGGUAUGUGAUGUUUUCACGGCGCAUCACAGUUGUUUUGCUAAACCGUGUGUGUCUCCGUGUUAGCAGUAGAUCUCUUGACCGUGUAUUGUUGGUCACACUCACUUUAUUUGUUGUACAGAUUGGGGGUGUGGCCAGGUGUCCGGUGCUCUUUGGUUUGUUUUAUUACUAUUUAUUAUUUUACAUUGUGCUAUUUGUACAGGAUAUGUACUCUUGGAAACCAUAUAAUUGUUUGUUUGUGUGUGUGCGUGCGUGUGUGUUGACAUUAACCUGACUUGCACUGUUAUGAUGUUUUGUAGCAUACGCUUUAAGUGUCAUAGUGUGUUACCGCGUAUCACGUGCAUUAUCAAGACUUUUCCGAAAUUUGGCAGUGAAUAAUGAGAAAUUGAAGAAUCACUAAAACCUUGCAGAACUGGAUUUUGACAGGAAUUCACUCCAGAAAAUGUUUGCACUUGUUUUAAAAUGUGGAAACGGCACUGUUCCUUAAUAUACGGUGCGUAAUUGUGCAAUUGUACUUCCCUUCAUGAGCUUGAAAGUUGUCCCUCUGUGACAAAAAAACCCAAACAUUUUGAAUGAACUAAAUUAAUGUCUGGAUUUAAUCUGGUGAUUUUAUACAGAAGACUGUAUUUUUAACUUCUUUAAAAUUUGAUUGUAUCAUUGUAACAUCUAAUUAUUUUGAGUACUUUUUUGACCUCUGAUUUCAGUUUCGAUGUUUAACUCCAUUGUGGGUCUGUGUGUUUGUUAGCACUGAUGUUUCUUUAUGAAGAGUUUACCCUUCCUCUUGUAAGUGGCUAGGAGCUGUAGAGCCGCCCUCCACUGUGUUAAGUUGCUGUGGUUUUUAAUACAAAUAUUUUCUUUUUGUUGUUGUUGUUUUGCAUUUUAUCAAGUGCUUUUAUAAGGGGAAGUGCUUGUUGAUACCGGUUUUUGAAAACUUUUUAAAACUAAUAAACAUU